AAAAAAAAGAAAAAAAGGAAAAACGCAAAAGUCGAAACACCAUUUUAUCAUUAUUAUUUUGUGGAGAAUCAUACAAGUGUUGUCUAUUGGCUGAGAAGCUGGUACAGACGACUAAACAAUUUGUAAUGCAAAACUACAGAAGAAUAAAGCUCGCUGUAAUUGAUGAGAAGACAAUUGGCUACUUACGAGCCUAAAUUCUUUGCCUGCGCAUGGCGGCUUUGGCUUUGGCUUCUCAUACACAUACUCUGUGAUCUUUAUCUAUAAUGGCUACCUCAGUCCCAUGCCUCACCUAUUCAACCAUAUCAUACCAUUAUUACCACCCCAUGUUGAAGAAAACCCAUGCUCUUCAACUUCCUCAUGUAUCUCAUAAACCCAUCAAAAUUCCUUCCUUGAAAGGCACUUCUAAGCAAGGAAGUCUCCAGGAAGCUUUUCAGUCAUUUGGCCAAACUUCACUUCAGUUCUGUCUCCAUGAAGCUUAUUCAUCUGUUCUUGAACGUUGCGCAAGCGAAAAAGCUCUAUCGCAAGGGCAACAAAUUCAUGCUCAUAUGACUAAAUUUUUUUCUGUGACUGAUUCUGUGUUUCUGAGUACUAAACUUCUGUUUAUGUAUGGAAAAUGCGGCUCCCUUUUGAAUGCUCAUAAGGUGUUCGAUAGAAUGUACGAUAGAACGAUUUUUACUUGGAAUGCGAUUAUUGGAGCAUGUGUUUCAAAUGGCCAGCCUUUGCAAUCGCUUGAACUGUAUAGGGAAAUGCGGCUUUUGGGAGUUACUCUUGACUCAUGUACAUUUCCUUGUAUAGCGAGAGCUUGUGGCAUGCUUAACGACCUCCGUUGUGGGACUGAGAUUCAUGGUCUGGCUAUCAAAUAUGGUUUUGAUUCCGUCGUGUUUGUUGCCAAUUCACUGGUUUCUAUGUAUGCAAAGUGUGAUGAUUUUAUCGGGGCAAGGAAGUUAUUUGAUGGUAUAACUGAGAUGGACGAUACUGUGUCGUGGAACUCUAUGAUUUCAGCGUAUUCUGCAAAUGGGCAAUCUACAGAGGCACUAAGUCUUUUUAGAGAAAUGCAGAAGGUGAAUCUCACCGUAGAUGCUUAUACCUUUGUCUCUGCUCUUCACGCCUGUGAGGAUUCACUUUUUGGCAAGCUGGGUAAGGAGAUCCAUGCUGCUGUUUUGAAAUCGAGUCACUGCUUUGAUACUUAUGUGGGAAAUGCACUAAUUGCUAUGUAUGUUAGAUGUGGUAAAAUGGUUGAUGCUGCAAGAAUCUUUGAGGACUUAGAGCGCAAGGAUAAUGUCUCAUGGAACACCAUGCUGUCUGGUUUUGUCCAAAAUGGCCUGUACAAUGAAACUCUGCAGUUGUUCUAUGAUAUGCAGCAUGAUGGUCAAAAACCUGACCAGGUUUCAGUAUUAAAUAUCAUUGCAGCAUCUGGUCGAUCAGGGAAUCUAUCGUAUGGAAAGGAAGUUCAUGCUUAUGCAAUAAAAUUAGGAUUAGAUUCUGAUUUGAGGGUUGGAAACACACUAAUAGAUAUGUAUGCUAGGUGUUCAUGUGUAAACUUAAUGCAGGGUGCGUUUGAUAGGAUGCCUAUUAAAGAUAUCAUUUCUUGGACGACAGUUAUUGCUGGCUAUGCUCAAAAUGAUAGUCACAUAAAUGCCUUGGAAAUGUGCCAAAAGGUGCAAACGGAAGGGGUUGAUAUUGAUUCAAUGAUGAUUGAAAGCAUUUUGCUAGCUUGUAAAGGCCUGAAAUGUGUUUCCCUGAUAAAAGAAGUUCAUGGUUACACCAUGAGAAGAGGUUUAGAUGAUCUACUGCUACAAAAUGCAAUUGUCAGUGUAUAUGGAGAGUGUGGAUUAGUAGAUUAUGCAAAUCGAAUAUUUGAAUUGAUUGAAUGUAAAGACAUCGUUUCUUGGACGAGCAUGAUAUCUUGUUAUGUUAAUAAUGGUCUUGCAAAUGAGGCAUUUGAACUUUUAGACCUAAUGAAAGGAGCUGAAGUUGAACCCGAUUCGGUAGCAACCAUGAGUAUACUAUCAGCUGCUGCCAGUUUAUCUGCCUUGAUGAAAGGAAAAGAGAUUCAUGGAUUUUUAAUUAGAAAGGGCUUCAUCUUAGAGGAAUCUGUUGUAAGCUCUUUAGUGGAUAUGUACGCCCGCUGUGGUAGUUUAGGGAACGCAAUCAAGGUAUAUAACUCUGUUAGCAACAAGAAUAUAGUUCUUUGGACUACGAUGAUUAAUGCAUAUGGAAUGCAUGGUCAUGGCAAGGAAGCUAUUAAGUUAUUUAAUGGGAAGGAGGAUGAAAGAUUGGUGCCUGACAGAAUUACCUUUUUAGCACUUCUAUAUGCUUGCAGUCAUUCGGGUUUGGUUGAUGACGGUAAAAGAUAUUUUGAUAUUAUGGAAAAAGAAUAUCAGUUAGAGCCAUUGCCGGAGCAUUAUGCCUGUCUGGUUGACCUGCUUGGCCGAGCCAACCGCUUGGAAGAGGCGUACCAAUUUGUGAGUAGCAUGAAUGGUGAAGCUACCGCUGAAGUAUGGUGUGCUCUCCUUGGGGCUUGCCAGGUUCACAAUAAUAAAGAACUAGGUGAAAUUGCAGCAAGGAAGCUAUUAGACUUGGAUCCACAGAAUCCAGGAAACCAUGUGCUGGUAUCUAAUUUCUUUGCUACCAGCGGAAGAUGGAAAGAUGUACAGGAAGUGAGGAAGAGAAUGAAGGGAAGUGGGUUGAAGAAAAAUCCUGGAUGUAGUUGGAUUGAAGUUGGAAACAAGGUUCACGCAUUUAUGUCAAGGGAUAAAUCCCAUCCUCAGUCUGAAGAGAUUUAUAUGAAAUUAGCUCAAAUUACUGAGAUAUUGGAAAGGGAAGCAGGUUAUGUGGCUCAAGUCAAAUUGGUUUUGCAUAAUAUUGAGGAAGAAGAAAAAGUUGAGAUGCUUUAUGGACAUAGUGAGAGGUUGGCCAUUGCAUACGGUCUGCUUGAAACUCCUGGUAGAACCUCUAUCCGAAUCACAAAGAAUCUUCGGGUUUGCAGUGAUUGUCAUACGUUCAGCAAAUUAGUCUCAAAAGUGUUUGAGCGAGAACUAGUUAUGAGGGAUGCCAAUAGAUUCCAUCAUUUUAAGGGUGGCGUCUGUUCUUGUGGCGAUUUCUGGUGACAAUUCUAAAUACAUUUUGGGUUAUGACUCAUAUAGACUCCCAGAUUUCAAUCCCAUCGCCGAUGACCAAUCGACCAUUGGAAGAUAUCAAAUAGAGUAAUAUUGGAUCAUGUAUCUGCUAUUAAAGAUGUUGUCCAAGUCCUCUAUUUUGUUGUCCUAAGGACAAGGAGUGUUAAAGUAAGCACUUUCCCAAAUGUGAGAGGAGAGGAUUUGACAGUCUCAAGAUUCAAUCCAGGAGUUUUACAAAACUUGUCUGGGAUUCUUCUAGGAGUACUUUGUAUGUGAUGGUCCCCAAGCUUGGACUCCAAAACGAUAGUACUGCUAUAAAGUCAAUUUGUUACCGGCAGCUAUUUACAAGCCGAGUAAAUGCAAUGUUAGCAUACCAAGAGAAAUAAAAAGGUUUCUCUAUCUUCUUCACGCUCUGAACAUACUGCAGCAUAAUAUGGAAAGCAAUGGGACCACCCUACUCUAGUCUCUUGCACGUUACAUCCCAACUUCUUCUUCCUGCAUUUAAUUCCAUAACUUUUUCCCCCCCGAAAAAAAAAAGAAAAAGAAAAAAAAAAAAAAAGAGUUUUCUUUUACAAAUUCAUUUUUC